CCACGUUCCCAACCACAACCACUCUUUUAUCUUCUUCUUCUUCUUUUUCUUCUUCGUCCAUCUACUUCAGAUUUCAGAGAAAGCUAAUGGCGUUCUGGAGAAAAAACUUGACCCUUUUCCUGGCACUCCUCCUCUUACCAGUAGGGAAAACAGUGUCGGCCACGGUGUUCACACUCGAAAACUCAUGUACCUACACCGUCUGGCCAGGAACCUUAUCUGGCAAUGGUGGUGCCGUACUAGGUGACGGUGGUUUUUCUUUGCCACCAGGUGCGUCGGUGCAGCUCACUGCAGAGUCCGGUUGGUCUGGUAGAUUUUGGGCCAGAACCGGAUGCAAAUUUGACGAUUCAGGCAACGGUGUUUGUACCACCGGUGAUUGCGGCGGACUUAAGUGCACCGGCGGCGGCGCACCACCCGUGACGCUAGUAGAGUUCACCAUCGGAGGUGUCAACAACCAAGAGGACUUCUACGACGUGAGUCUCGUUGACGGUUAUAAUGUGGGGAUGGGAGUGAAGCCUUCAGGUGGGACCGGCGCGUGUCAGUACGCAGGUUGCGUUAACGAUCUGAAUACCAACUGUCCGGCAGAACUGCAGGUGACGGACUCGGGGGCGGUGGUGGCAUGCAAGAGUGCGUGCGAUAAGUUUAACGCGCCGGAGUAUUGUUGCACAGGGGCCCACUCCACGCCGCAGACUUGCUCUCCCACGCGCUACUCUGAAAUGUUCAAGAGCGCGUGCCCGACGGCUUAUAGCUACGCUUACGAUGAUGCGUCUAGCACCUGCACCUGCAACGGCUCCGAUUACUUCAUCACCUUCUGCCCUACCGGAUCAUGA